UAUCAGUGUAUGAGAGGAUAUAUAGUCUCAAGGUCUAGUAGAAGUUAGGUUCUGAUCCAAACCUAUAGAGCUUCAACAUGAAUGCCAAAGACACCUCAAUGCACCCGAAUUUGGAGACGCAAGAGGUUUCGCCGAGUUCCGAAAAAGCCCCAGAUGGAGGAUACGGUUGGGUCGUCACAACCUCAGUGGCUAUCGUCAACGGCCAUUCGUGGGGUAUAAACGCAUCAUAUUUCGUAUUUCUCGCACACUUCGUCAAGGAGAAUACAUUCCCUGGCACAACACCACUGAUAUAUGCCAUCGCCGGAUCACUCAGUUACAGUCUGUCAGUCUUGUAUGUGCAAGCUUAUCUACUGAAAUAUGGCAAUUGUUUCUCUCUCAGUGAGCACUCUUUGGAACUGGAAUGGGGUUGCUGUUUUUACCGUCUUAUGGAAUUAUAUCGCAGUGGUUCACGAGACGAAGAGCCUUGGCUAUCGGCAUUGCCCUCGCUGGGGCUGGUCUCGGAGGAUUGACAUACUCACUCGCUACUGGGGCCAUUAUUCGCAACAUGGGUUUGGAAUGGGCUUAUCGGAUUCUGGCAAUCGUAUCGGCGGUAGCGAACAUCACUUGUACACUGCUUAUACGAAUUCGAUAUCACGCACAAGCAACAAGACUCGCUUUCGACACAAGUCUUCUAAACAGACCAGGGUAUCUCCUUGUCUUGACCUACGGCGCCUUCAGCAUGCUCGGUUACUUCGUGCUCAUCUUCACACUCGCCAAUUACGUAAAUGUUAUUGGACUCUCGUUGCCACAAGCCUCGAUGAUCCCAGCAUUCUUCAUGUUUGGUCAAGCCAUUGGCCGUCCUUGCACCGGCUGGCUUAGCGAUCGGUUUGGUAGAAUUAACCUCACCUUCAUAAUGUCAUUCAUCCCCGGAAUCUUGACCUUUGCGAUAUGGAUUAACGCAGACUCAUUUGGCGUACUCCUCACAUUUGCACUGGUUGGAGGUUUGUCAGCUGGUGUCUUUUGGGUCAACAUAUCACCUGUCCUCGUCGAGGUUAUGGGACUUGAGAACCUAGCAUCGGCGUUGUGAGUUGUCUUUUGGUCGCUAUGGCUGCUUCAUCGACGUUUAGUGCUCCUUUUGCUCUGGAGAUCUCUACAGGAACAGGAAGCUACUUAGGUGCGCAGCUGUUUGCUGGAUUUUUGUACAUUGCUGCAUCCUUUUGCGUACUUGGAGUCACGAUGGAAGAUUCCAAGCUUGGGUGCUGAGAAAGCAAGGUAUACUACCUCAGCACCUAGAGAAGACGGACAAGACCUGGAACCGACGAGUUUCGAUUUAAAGUGUCUCAAGUUUGAUGUCAUAUAACUGACCACAAAAUACCAACGCCUAACCCCUAAUAUUGAUGCCGUCAAACCUUUAUGCCAUACCAUUAAAGUUAUUAAAAUCGAAGAACCCAUUCGCAUCCAUCAUUGACUGAUCCAUCCCCAAAUAUCCCAUAUCUAUAUACGUGGCAACAUCUGGCACGCCCGAAUCAACAGAUUUGAACCACUCAUCCGUAAACAUUCCUUGAUCGAUCGUUUCUCGUGAAGCCUGUGGAUCAGGUGGCGCAAGCAAAGAGUCGAUCUGACAUGCAAAGAAACGAGCAAGAUCAAAGUAAAGGUGUACAGAUGAUGAGGCUGGAAGGUGCUGUACCACACGGUCAAAGAAUG